CACUGAUGUCAGGUGCAUCUUUUCCCCAGACGGUUGAAGUAAAUAGCACGUGAAAAUCAAACACUACACCAAUAAAACUCUCCCUUCCCCUUUUUGCUUAUUUCUUUAUCUUAACUAUACAAACGAAUGGCAACAAAAGAGAGGCAAACUAAUCAUGUCGAUCCAAACACUGAAGCAGCACAAGUAACUACAGAAUCUUUCGACUUGACAUCUCUUUGGCCCAUCAAUAUAUAUGAUCGACUGGUGUCAAAUAACCCCAAAAUAUACUAUGAGAAUCUGCUUAGGUCAUCAGAAAGUUAUGGAGAAUGGUCAAAGAUAGCAGCUAUCUUGGACGACAUUGAUGGACUCGACAAAUGGAAAAGCGAAAUAAAAUCUCCUGACUAUGAUUGGGAAUUAAUCAAAACUAGAUUAGAUCAAUUAAGAGAAAUUAGACAUUUAAAUAAAGGCCAAUCCGCAAUGAUAUUUGCUUUAAGGACAAGUCUUGCCAGAAACAUUGGUGAUAUGGGCAACCCAAAGCUUUAUUCAUAUUCGCGUGUGGGAACAAAGAAAUUAACAUCAGACUAUAUUGAAGAAGUUGUGAAGCAGCUUAAUUGGAUAUGUGACGAACCCUCUGAUCCAGAAAAUGAUCCUAAUUUGGAUCUAAAGACCAAGCAUGACUUCUUCAUGAACAUCCGACAGAGUUUUGGAAGAACAGCAUUGUUAUUAAGCGGAGGAGGAACACUAGGAUUAAACCAUAUCGGUGUUAUCAAAUGUCUGUUUGAAAAUCAGUUAUUACCACGUAUUAUUUCAGGAGCAUCAAGUGGCAGUAUUAUGGCUUCUUUAGUGUGUACAAGAACCAUUGACGAGUUGCCUUCCAUGUUUGAUCCGUCACUUGUGAGACUGGAUGUGUUCGAACGCAAUGGUGAACCUGAUUCUCCUUAUACCCGCCUUCAUCGCUUGAUGAUGAAUGGCCAACUAUUUGAUGUGGAUAUUCUCAAAGAAGCAAUGAAAGCCAACUUAGGUGAUAUGACAUUUCAGGAAGCUUUCAAUAGAACGAGGUUUAUUUUAAAUAUCACAGUUAGUUCGUCCACAUUAUAUGAUAUGCCUCGACUAUUGAAUUAUUUAACAGCGCCUGAUGUGUUGAUUUGGUCUGCUGUUGCUGCCUCAUGUUCAGUGCCUGUAUUCUAUGGAUCUACUCCAUUAUACUCUAAGGAUAAAAAUGGAAAAGUAGCCCCUUGGAAUCCUAGCGACCAACUAUAUAUUGACGGUUCAGUAGAAAAUGACCUACCAAUGAACAAGCUCUCUGAACUAUUUAACGUAAAUCAUUUCAUCGUUUGUCAAGUAAAUCCACAUGUUAUUCCGUUCCUUCAAAAAGCAAAUGCACCUUCUAAAUUAAGACGAGCCGCAACAUUUUGUAUGCACAUGGCUAAAACCGAAGCACAACACAGGUGUACUCAAUUGACUGAGCUUGGUGUUAUGCCCUCAUUCUUUAAUAAGAUCCAAUCCAUCAUGUCUCAAAAAUACUCGGGAGACAUUACUAUUGUACCUGAAGUAGGUUAUUCUGAUUUCUUAAAGGUACUUUCGAAUCCAACCACUGAAUACGUCAUGAAUUGUGUCAAACGUGGCGAGCAAGCGACUUGGCCAAAAAUGUCAAUUAUUAAGAAUCAUUUACAGAUUGAAUUAUCCAUUGAUCAGAUCCUUUAUCGUCUUCGUCUGCUUCGUCUUAAUGAAUUACAAAGUCAACAAAAGUUAAAUGGUGUAACUUCAGUGGCUACCACAACAAAUAAACGUCAUAAAAAUAGACCAGGUUUGGAAUCGAGAUCUGCCUCACAGUUAAAUGUUGUACUUCGACCCAUGAUGUCAGUGAUCGAUGAGAGCGAAGAAAAACCACGCAAACGUACGGAAACCACAAAGCAAGAUACCACCAAUUUUACGGUAACCUCUUCUCAAAGUACCCCAAUGAUUGUGGCCUUAUCUGACAAUGUCCAAAUUAUACACGGCAGCAAAAAGAAGGACCAAAAGCAACAACAAAAGGAGAUACGUAGGGAAAGAAGUUCUACUAAGAGAGGUUUAUUAAUGACUAAACCUGAAUAAACAUGUAUUAAAGUAUACACA